AUGCUUCUCGGAAGACCAAGAAGAGAUGGAUUAGUUGGAGGUCACUCUUAUGUCGAAAGUAGCAACUUAGAUGCCAAGCCACAGAACUUCGAUCAAAUCAAAGACCACUUCAAAAACGAUAACACUACUUUCAAGCAGAGAUAUUGGAGAAACUCACAGUACUACAAGAACAAUGGAAUCGUAUUCUUGUUGAUUCAAGGAGAAUCCAUUGCCACUGACGCUUGGGCUAAUAAUCCUGGCUACACUUAUAUCACUUUGGCCAAACUGUACAACGCUGACGUUUACCAAUUGGAACACAGAUGCUUCGGCUUCAGUAGACCAGAGCCUGAUAUGAAAGUUAGUAGUCUCAGUACUUGCAACGUUGACCAGGCUUUGGAAGAUAUUAAGACUUUCAUUUCUGCCCAGAACAGCAAUGUAUACAAGAACGUUAAGCCAAAAUGGAUUACUUUCGGAGGAUCCUAUCCAGGCUUCCUCUCCGCUGCUUUCCGUAUGAAGUAUCCAGAAUACACUGUUGGAGCUGUCGCUAGUAGCGCUCCCAUGCUAUGGACUUUAGAUUUCUUCCAAUACGCUCAAGUCGUACAAGAUACUAUGUUCGAUGUUGAUGUUAACUGUGGAAAUGCUAUCAGUACUGCUUUUACUCAAAUGCAAACAUUGAGUUUAACCACCACUGGAAGAAACCAAUUGAGCACCUACUUCAACCUCUCUCCUGCUUUCAAUGCCAAUGUAACCCAAUUGGACAUUGAUAACUUCUUUGCUAACAUCUACGGAUACUUCCAAGAUGUCACUCAAUAUACCUAUGAUGGACGUAACGAGGCAACUCGUGGAGGCUUAGAUGUAACUAACUUGUGUAAAAUCAUGACGGAUAACACUGUCCCGGAUUACAUCAAACGUGUCAAUAACGUAGUUCUAUGGUAUAACAAAUUGAACAAGAUCACACAAACCACCAUGGAUAAUUCUUAUGCUGCUAGCAUCAAAACUUUGGCCAACACAACGUUCGAUGAUGAAAACGCUUCACAAGACAACGCCGCUUCCCGUGGAUGGAUGUGGCUCUGUUGCAACGAAAUGGGGGUUCUUCAAACAACUGACCAAGGAUACAAUAUCUUCCAACAAAUCGUUCCUCUGAACUACUACAUCGAUAUGUGCACUCAAAUGUUCAGCGCUGAUAUCAACAUCAAGCGUAUCAGAGAUCGUAAUACAGCCUUCUACAAACGAUAUGGAGGAAUCGACCACUACACUGCUACUAACAUCGUUCUUCCAAAUGGAGCUUACGACCCAUGGCACUCAUUGGGCUUGAACUGGAACAACACUGACUUGCACGUAUCCAGCAUUUUGAUUCCAAAGGCUGGUCACUGUUCCGAUAUGUACCCAAUCUAUCCAGGUGAAGCCGCUGGAUUGAAGAAUGCCAGAGAUUAUAUAAAUAAGGAAGUAGCAUACUUCUUAGGAGUACCUGUUGUGCCUUUCCCUCAAUAA